AUGAGCAACAUUGAUAUUGACUUCGUUUAGAAACUAUCAAUGAGGGAAUACAAUUUUGAUUUGAUUGCGAAAUUGAACAAAAUAAUCUCUGACAAGUCAAUUUUUGAAGACCAGAUCAAUGAAGAAGACGACAGAGAAACUACACGUGCUAAAUUAAACCAAAGAAUGAUGAUUUUCUUAGCAGAAAUGAGGAAAAUCAUUCCGAUGAAAGAGCUUCUCAAUGAUCUAAGUCUCAUUAUUAGUUCAGUCUAUGUAAUCUCGCCUUACAAUGACUCUUUUGGUACAAAAAUGAUUGUUAAUCUGCAACUUUACUAUCUGACGAUUCAAAACCUAGGGACUGACGUACAUGAGAAAUGGAAGUCAAGAUGUGAGGAUGGUACCGAUAUCGGGUGUUUCGCUCUGACUGAACUUGGCCAUGGUUCUAACGUGAGAGGUAUACUCACUCAGGCAAUCUAUGACAAGAAAACUAAGGAGUUUGUGUUACAUACCCCAGAACAUAAAGCAAUGAAAUUUUGGAUUGGGGGAGCAGGUAAGUCAUCUAAUACUGCUUCUGUAUUCGCUCAAUUGUAUAUCGAUGGCAAAUGCUAUGGACCACAUGCGUUCUUAGUUUAAAUCAGGGACAAGACUACUCAUCUACCAUUUCCAGGUAUAACUCUUGGGGACUGUGGACAAAAAGCUGGUCAUGACGGAGUAGAUAAUGGCUUCAUCAUAUUUGAUCAUUUUAGAAUACCAAAGGAAAACUUUUUAAAUAGAUUCUCAAAUGUGACUGAUGAUGGUAAAUUUGAAACAAUAAUUGAAAAUCCAGAUACUAGAUUCGGGCUAUCACUUGGUUCUCUAGCAUCUGGAAGAAUCAUGCUCACAGGUACAGGUGGGUUUGCCUCUCAACUUUCUCUUAAAAUUGCAAUAAGAUUUGCAGCAAUUAGAUAACAAUUUGGGAAGCCUAACGACCCAUCAGAGACAUCUAUUAUUGAAUACCCACUUCAUCAACAUAGAUUAUUCUCAUUUGUGGCUUAAUCUUAUGGGUUCUACCUCGUACACUAAAGAAUCUUGACCUUAUGGGGGAAAAAUUAAAAGAAUAUGUUCGUACCAGGAAAUUUAAAAUUGGCUGAGCUGCACUCCUUAAUCUCAUGCUUCAAGGCCUUGAGUACCUGGACUGCUUAUAACUGCGCAAAUGAAUGCAGAUAGUCUUGCGGAGGAUUAGGGUACUCUUAUUACUCAAGACUUAGCAUCAUUAAGAGUAAUGUAGAUGUAUACCAAACUUGGGAAGGGGACAACAGUGUGCUUCUUUAGUAAACCUCAAAGUUCUUGCUUGAAUUAUUCAAAAGUAAGAUGAAGGGAAAAUAGACUAAAAAGACAAUUACUUGUGAAUGGAUUAGUAUGGACUAGGUAGAGGGUUAAACCUGCCUUGCAGAAGAUGAUGAGUAAUUCUUAAACGUAGAAAAUCUGAUUUAGAUUUUUGAGUUCAGAGCUAACUUGCUUCUCUAGAGAACAGCUAUGGAUUUGGCUCAGAAGUUAAUGGAUAAGGAAAAUCAUCCGUUAGAUGCCUGGAAUGACUCUCAAUUGUUUUAGAUGAAUGAUAUGGCGAAAGCUUAUGGAGAGCUAGUUUUGGUUAGGGAAUAUAGCUUAAUUCUUCCCUAAUUAUCUAAUACAAAUGAGGAUACAAGAGAAUGCUUCAUUAAUCUAUUUAGACUAGAUGCUCUCAACAGAAUUAAAUCUGACAUUGGAAUAUGGUUAGAGGGAGGAUACUUAAAUCCAUAGCUCCAUCCAUCAAUUGUGAAAAACUAAAUAAAAGUAUGCCUUAAAAACUUGAAGAGACAUAUGGUUGCAUUGACAUAUGCUUUUGCACCAAAUGAGGAAAACUUUAAUAGCAUGAUUGCACCUAAUCAUGGAGAUUUAUAUAAAAGCGUAGUUCAAAAAGUUUUUACUGCUCCUAAAGCAUUUGAGAGAAUCGGAACAUGGAAAAACCUUUACCAGAAGUGA